AUGCAUUCAAUUGUCACGACAAUUGCGGUAUGCCAAGCAAUCAUCGGGAGCCGAUCGCCAGGUUAUUGCACAAAUCCUACGUUUUUGUCCAACUACGAGAACUGCUUGCAAUGCGCUGGACCUGACAACGUUAACAUCUGGACAUUUUAUGGCAACAGUUUGACCAGGGCUGCCACGUCUUGUGGGGGGUUGUCCACCAGCCCUCUUUCAGGUCCACAAGAAGAUGUUUCAGUUGCCAUUCCUGCGGCUGGAGGUAGUGUAACGCCAUCUUCAUCAUCAGCUUCUGCCAACAGUGGCCCAGCUUCAACACCGACGUCUAGUACGGCAUCAGCGCCUGUACCAGAUGCGACGAUAAGCGAAACAGUAGCAACGGAAGCACCUGCGUCCAGCUCAACUGAUGCGCAUGAUGCUAGCCCAGAUAAGACCACAACGGUUCAGAUAUCAUCGACAACGUUAUCAACGACUAUCGCUUCACCUGGAAGCUCUACCGUCUCAGCAAGCUCAGGUACAAUCACUUCAAGCCUCCCUCAAGAGAGCGGACUACCCGGCAAUUAUACUGGCCCUGCGAUUGUCACUGGUGCAGCGCGUAAUCUUCUUCCAAGUGCUGCCGCCAUUUUCGCAAUUGCCGCUGUCGCUGCAAUUGAACUCUGUGCCUGA